GCCAAUCACGGCGGAGGAAGGUCCGCCGGCCCCGCCCCCGCUUCGCCGUCGGUCGCGCGCAGCUCGCGCCUGAGGAACUGCGGCUGCGGUUCCGAGCGGGCUUUGGGUCUGUUUCCAUUGAAUGACCAGGAAGGCUCUGGUGCAAAGCGUUCCUGCAGACCUGCUUCCACGUAAGGGGACCUUUGGGAAAUUUCGCUGGACACCGCUGGCAUUGACAAACCCAGCGUCGCUGGGCCUCGUGAGGUUUUCCGGCAGGUUGAUUUCGAGGCGACAUGUCUGCUUCAGUGAAAGAAAGCCUUCAGCUUCAGCUACUGGAGAUGGAAAUGCUGUUUUCUAUGUUUCCUAACCAAGGAGAAGUAAAACUUGAAGAUGUAAAUGCCCUGACGAAUAUAAAAAGGUAUUUGGAAGGCACAAGGGAGUCGCUGCCACCAAAAAUUGAAUUUGUGAUUACACUCCAGAUUGAGGAGCCCAAGGUGAAAAUUGAUUUGCAAGUGACCAUGCCUCACAGCUACCCCUAUGUAGCACUGCAGCUGUUUGGACGGUCAUCUGAACUUGACAGACAUCAGCAGCUACUUCUCAACAAAGAUCUCACUUCUUACAUAGGGACUUUUGAUCCAGGUGAGCUCUGUAUAUGUGCAGCAAUCCAGUGGCUACAGGACAACAGUGCAUCCUAUUUCCUGAACAGAAAGCUUGUGUAUGAACCAUCUACACAAGCAAAGCCAGUCAAGAACACAUUCCUCCGAAUGUGGAUCUACAGUCACCAUAUAUAUCAGCAGGACCUAAGAAAAAAGAUUUUGGAUGUUGGGAAAAGGUUAGAUGUGACUGGAUUUUGCAUGACAGGAAAGCCUGGUAUAAUCUGUGUGGAGGGUUUUAAAGAGCACUGUGAGGAGUUCUGGCAUACAAUUAGGUACCCCAAUUGGAAGCACAUUUCCUGUAAGCAUGCUGAAAGUGUGGAAACAGAAGGAAAUGGCGAGGACCUGCGCCUUUUCCAUUCUUUUGAAGAAUUACUCCUUGAGGCCCAUGGUGACUAUGGAUUAAGGAAUGACUAUCACAUGAAUCUGGGCCAGUUCUUAGAAUUUCUCAAGAAGCACAAAAGUGAGCAUGUUUUUCAGAUACUAUUUGGUAUUGAAAGCAAAAGUUCAGACUCGUAAAAAGUGAUUAAGAGGCCUAUGUUUGUAAUUUCACUAAGUCAGUAUUUCUGUUAACAAGAGCAAAAUAAAAAGUCUGGUGGCUGUGUAGCAUCCUUGGUGCAAAACCUAGCUUCAGAAUUUGCACCUGGUAAUGAAUUUCAACUGACAGUGAAACGAACAGGCCUUUAAACUUUAUAACAGUGCAAUUGUGAUGUUAUCUCUAGGUUUUUGUGUUAAGUCAUUCAAAAACUAUUUCAUUAUAAAUUAAUAAAAACAAUCCAUUUAA